AUGUCUUUAAACAUGAUAGGAGUUCAAAAGAAUGUUACUACUACUACUACUACUACUACUACUACUACUACUACUACUACUACUACUACUACUACUACUACUACUACUACUACUACUACUACUACUACUACUACUACUACUACUACUACUACUACUACUACUACUACUACUACUACUACUACUACUACUACUACUACUACUACUACUACUACUACUACUACUACUACUACUACUACUACCGUUAGUAUUACCAACUAUUAA